UGUUCACGAACCUCCCGGCCACCUUUGCCCACGAUCCCCGACCCCCGUCCCGCCGGAAUCGCCGUGCCGGCGAACCGAGAACUUCUCCGAGCGGCUGAAACUUCGCGCGCGUACUCCCACGCGGCCGAUUUUUAACGCCGCACUCGACGGGCUGCGACUUCCACGAGCGUCGCGUCGGGCCGCUCGUUACGGUGGCCGCGGAAGUUCAUGAGAACCGUUCUCGCACGGACAGUGACCGUGGAACAGGGAAGAAGGAAGAGACAGCACGAGGAAAGGCGCAAAAAGAGAGGCGAGCGGCGAGAGGAGGCUGAGACUGGUCGGAUUGGUCGAUCCAUCAUUCCGCCGGGCAGCGUCGCCAAAGCGCGAGAGGAGCCGCGUUCCGCCGGUUGGGCCGCGUAAUUAAUCGGCAGACUUAACCGGGAGCCGAAUUAAUCGGGACAGAUUUACGGGACACGUUGUACGGCCUCCCGAUACCGCGAUCAUGAAGUAUCACCGGCGCGUGCAGAUGAUCGCGCGCCGCCCGCUGAUGAAAAAGUCCGCGCGAGACCGCGGACGUUAGAGGCGGGCCGACCGAUCGUGCGUCAACCGGCUGACCUGGAACACGUCGAUUCCAGCUCGACUGAGAGCGAAACGAGCUUCCACCUCGAAACGGCUAUCCGCCUUGUCCUUUCUCGUCGCGAGCUCCACUCGUUCCCCCGCCCGUCGUGUUUGUCUCUUGACACAGCCGCUAAUUAAUCUUCCGGCUGCUCGACGGUGUCCUGGCGUGCAACGACGCCCGGCCUGCGCGAAAUAAAAUCGCGACCCGAGAGGGGACGGCGAACGAAGAUAACGAGCUGCCGUCCUGCGGGGCCGAAUAAUUCGGACAAGAGCGAACCGCCCCGAGCCACCGCGUAAUUAGCAAAACAGUCCCAGCCCGGGAGUGCUUCCGCGACGGCGAGUCGAUCCCCUCGAACUGAUCAAAGAGGCCCGAAGUUGCGGAGCCGAAAGACACUCUAUCCUUCGAGUGGCUCUCGGCGGCUUCCGCCUAUCAACGGGGAGCCGGAGACGUCGGGAACCUUUGGGGAUCGAAUCGAUGAGGAUCAGCUAGCCGGGCUGAUCCCGGCUCGCCGGAAAAGGGGAAUCCUCUCGAGGAGUAUCUCGAUCGGGGAGUUCCUGGCUAAUUCAGUGGAAUCGUCGGUGGAACCCGAACGCUCGGCGGUGAACUUCUGUCUUGGGGACGUGCGUGAUACUCGGUUGCUGCCUUCGGCUCUGCUCCGAAGGGAUUAGCCGACGGUGGAGAGUGUGGCCAACGUUUGUGGAUGUGGGAACGCAAAAGUGUCAAGAUCAACGACAGUUUGAUUCGACGACGUUCGUUGACGGGCAGCUCGGAAUGAAGUCGAGGACGAUGCCCGAAGGCUGAGCCGGCGGUAGCCCGAUAGGGGAUCCAGAGGAGCUGGCUAGCCGAGAAAUCGUUAGAGUCCGGUAGCGAGUGGCAAGAGAAAUGUCCCGGAAACAGAGGAAGAUCGGAAGAGUGGGAGGCUGAUCGGUUGGCUGGAUCCUCGGAUAAUAGCGUGGAACCGGGGUAGGAGUCUCACGGGGAUCAGGGCUGCAGGGCGAUUGAAAAUUUUCGCCGGUCCGGCGGACGAUAUUUCACGGUGAAGGAGCGCGGGGAUGAUGGGGAUCCGCGAGCAGUGAAUGUGGGUGGGGGCUAACGUGUCCAGUGACAAGGGACUGGCAUAGGACAGACGGGAAAUUGUAGAAUCGCUGCCGAGGAAGGUAUCCUGCGGGCGAGCCGGUCAGCCGACGGUGAUGGCAUGAGGACAUUAGUAAGGAAGAGCUGCGGGUCCAGCGAGGAGGAGGAUGAGGAUGGUGGUGGGCGUGAUGAUCCUUGGUCAGCUACUGACGAGGAUACUGCUCGCCGCCCAUGCUGGGGAUCGACUUGCAGCGGCUCGCAGGAUACUCAGGGACGUGCCGCUGAUAGAUGGGCACAACGAUCUUCCGUGGAACAUACGCAAGUUCCUGAAGAAUCAGCUGAGGGAGUUCAGGUUUGAUGACUUGAGGGACACCCAUCCUUGGUCCCGCAGCGCCUGGAGCCACACGGACCUCAGAAGAUUGAAGGAGGGCAUGGUUGCAGCUCAGUUCUGGUCCGCGUACGUGCCCUGCUCCUCGCAGUAUCUCGACUCGGUCCAGCUGGCCCUGGAGCAGAUCGACCUGAUUCGCCGGUUGGUCAACAAGCAUCCUGGAAGCAUGGUCCUCGUUACUACGGCGGAAGGUAUAGAGCGAGCGCAUAAGGAGGGUAGAUUAGCGAGCCUGAUAGGGGUCGAGGGUGGCCAUGCCGUCGGAGCGAGUCUGGCAGUUCUGAGGAUGUUGUACGAGUUGGGCGCCAGAUAUCUCACCCUCACGCACACCUGUAACAUACCUUGGGCAGAAUGCAGCACAGUGGAUGAACCCGGUAAAGUGUCUCACAUCGGUGGCCUCUCCAAUUUCGGCAAGAGCGUCGUGCUAGAGAUGAAUCGACUGGGAAUGAUGGUGGACCUGUCCCACGUGUCUGUGCCGACGAUGCUGGUCGCGAUGAGGACGUCCAGAGCGCCGGUGAUCUUCAGCCACAGCAGCGCCCACGCUCUUUGCAAUUCCUCGCGAAAUGUGCCUGACCACGCGCUGCGACGUUUGGCGGAUACCAAGGGUAUAGUUAUGGUGUCCUUCUACCCCCAUUUCAUCAGCUGCGGCGAGAAAUCGACGCUGGAGGACGUAGCCGCGCACAUCGAUCACAUCCGCAAGAUCGCCGGGAUCGACCACGUCGGCAUAGGAGCCGGCUACGACGGGAUCAACCUGACGCCGUCAGGCUUGGAGGACGUUAGCAAGUACCCGGAGCUCUUCGCGGAGCUGUUGGCGCGCGGCUGGUCGGAGGAGGACAUCCAGAAGCUGGCGGGCCUCAAUCUGAUCCGGGUGUUCAAGGCGGUGGAGCAGGUUCGUGACGAAAUGGCGGCGGAAGGGAUCGAGCCGCUCGAGGAGGAGAUUCCAUACGGAGACAUAAGAGGCCGGGAUUACUGCCGCUACAACGUGAAGCGGCUGAUAGCUCCAUAGCACGGCGGAAGGGUGUCCUACUAGACGAAACGGUGGAGGGGAAAGCGGAAGGAGCGAGGAAGAAGAAGAAGAAGAACAGCGCGAGAAUCGAAAGAUCGUUGUCUCGGCGAGAGGACACGGGCGUCCCCAAUAGAACCGUUUCGAUUCGCGCAGCCCCGCGUCAGCGAAUGUCCCUUUUCUCUCCGGCCUUUUCUCCGCGUGCCGUAAGUAGAUAGGCAAACUCGAUUUUCAUCGAUGAUUCCCGCGACACGGGGGAACCGGGGGACGACGUUCCGCGAGAAGACAGUCCCGGGGAUCUGUUCGCGUCGGAUAACGAAAGGCUGAGAGGAGGAGCCGGGGAUAUCGGAGAUCCUCGGAGACCAACGCGAGACUUCGCCGUUCGAAGCUCUCGAACGGCCUUCCUCGAACGCUGGACCCGGGGAGGCCGUUCUAGUCAAUAACGAUUACGUUCAGGCCGAACGCGCGAGACCGGUUCACGGACGACACGUCGCAGCUGCGAUUCCUUCACAGAGAAGUCCUUUCACUCUUCUGGCGAGACUUCGUAUUCGGACGCACGAGCGAUUUGCGGAGCGUCGCGAUCGUUUUGAAACAAUUUGGGCCGGAAUUCUCUGCUAUUCCCGAAACGAGACGUUUCGCAAAUCGCUCUUGCUUUCGCCUCGGCCUAUGCACUCGAGCAGUGAUGCCGCGCGAUUCAGGCGAAUCGGGAUCGCGUCGCUCGAGUGUGUAGAUUCGAAUUCUUUGAGAACGAUCGCUGCAACUGCGUCGCGAACCGCUCACGCGCGUUCGGCCUCGUCUACGGGAGGACUGUACACAGAAAACGGACCGAUCUCGCGAGCGACCGGCAACGAUCGCGGUCCACGUGCGAAUGGGAGCUGUUGACGUGUGUGAGUGCGUGCGAGAGAGUGAGGAGCAACGAUGCUUGUACAUACGGUACCUGAAGUCGAAGAACGAAUUACUUGAUCCUCGCGCGAAUCACCGAUCCUGGCGGGUGAUACCGAAAGAAGAGAAGUGUUGAGUUGCUUUUAACAAAUCGCGUGGCGAAUUCGUUCGGGGAGCAGCGCGACGGGUCGAUCGUCCGUCUCCGCGGAUCGGAGCGGCGAGCUAGCUGUUCGCUUGGCCAGUCUCGGGGGAAAUUGUCGCGAAGAGCGAGGGAGGAUUUGAUGACUGGCGAACGAGUGCUGCUGGUGUACUUCGCUGAUCGUGAGUUGGCCGAUUUCUCGUAAGCUAAACUGUUUCGCUAAUAGUGUAAACCUUGGAUAAUUGCAGCAAGGAACCUUUUCAUAGUUGCAACAUUAGCUAUCAGCAUCACAAUUUAAUCGUUUAUUGUCGACAGAUGAUUCUCAAAGUAGACGAUUAGAAUGUUUCCCCUAUUCACAGUUGCGUUCUACAUCUGACUUCUAUCGCAUAAGUAAUUAGGAUUCUAAUUCUAUCCUCUUCGGUGUCACUCUAAUAAGAAAAACAUAAUCGUGAAAGUUUCCUUCGGAGGUGCAAAGUAACAAAGUGUGACUUUCGAGUGAAAAAUCUCAAGUUCAUUGUCAGCCAACACUAGAACUACCGUGCCAGUCAUAAUGACUGGUUUCGAUUUGUUUGUUUAUUAUUGAUAUCUUCGAAGCAGUCUUCGAAAUGAUUUUGAAAAUAGUUUCAUUACUAUAAUGAAUGUCUGAAGAAAUUGAGAAUAAUCGUAUUAAAUGCUCGGUAGUUCUAGUGUUAAUAUUACCGAACGCUUCGAUUGUCUUCCUUCACUGGCGUUGUCCUUUCUUACGCCAUGCUCAUAUAAUCGAAUCGAUUCGAUCACUUCCUAAUUACAAUAUCCAAUCUCCCGAAUUAUGUUGCGAUUAUCCAAUGUCCACUAUGUAGAACAGCAGCGACUUCUACGCAGAGAACGAAGCAGACGGAAGAACGAAGUGCGAUUUCGUUUCCGAUGUUCACGGAAGAUUCGCUUCGAUCCCACGAGCGUCCAGCUUGCGCGCGUAGUCGGCGAGCUUACGAUCGAACGUACUUUCCUACGGAUUUUGCACGAUGGAAGCUGACCAGGCGCGUCGCCGUAUAUCACGUUCACGGACCGACGAGCCACCGAUACGCGUCUCGUUAAUCGUAACCACCACUUUAAGACUCGUAUAUUGUAUUAAACGCACCAGAUAAUAUCCUUUUCUUAACGAAUGUUUUUACACUCGAGAACUUUUAAUAUAGCCGAAAUUUUAAGGACCGCCGCGUCGGGAACGAACAGAGAGAAAGAGGUGGAAAGAGAGCGUGGGAGCGGGGGAAACGGAAGGGGUGUGGCGGUUGUAUCAGAGAUGAAUGGUCGACUUCCCUCGUGGCGUCGAUGCAUCCCGGUCGUUGAUAUUUCACUCGAGCGACUCGCGUUAUUUUCCGUUACGGUACCGAGACGAGAAGGCGAGAAGGAAAUGUACGGUGAGUUAUUGUUUCGUUUGUCGAUCGAUUUAAUAACGACCAUUUCGUGUGCAAGUAGUCGUGAUGAACGAAGCGGCCAGCCUCGUGUGAGUAUAUGCUAACAUUUCAAACGUUACUGAUACCCGAAAUAAACUCGACGACUAAUCGAAUUACGGUCGU